CGCAAUGCGAAAUUUUCGGGAGACGAAUGGCCACGGCGGUUAACGAGAACCAACACAUAGGUGCGAUGAUUUCUCGCAGCGACAACGUUAGUACUGCGUUAUAUUUUGUUAUCGCAGUUGGUUGCGUUUUCUGUCAUCGUCGUUGCGAUUUUACAAUGGUUCCAACAGAGAAAUUAAUAGAAUUAGUUAAAAAAUAUCCAAUACUUUAUGAUUUGUCACACGAGGACUAUAAAAAUAUUAGAAAGAAGGAUAAAAUAUGGGAUGAAAUUGGUCAAGAGAUGAAAGAAUGCCGUGAGGAACUAAAGAGAAGGUGGAGAAGUUUACGUGAUUCUUAUGUGCGAUACUUAAGAGUAAUCAAAACAAGAACUGGGCAAGGUGCACAAAAUAAAACAUGGCAAUGGGCUGAAAGUAUGAAAAUGUUCCAACCUUUCUUGCUUUUUGCUAAAACCUCUUCAAAUGUGCCGGAAGUUGUGACUAAUGUAGAGUCUGCAACUGAGAAAGAUGAUGGUGUAGAUGUUUCGCGUAAUGAAGAGAGUGAAAUUGGUGAUAUAUCUGAGGUACCCUUACCUACAAAAAAUAAAGAGUCUGCUACUUGCGCUGAUGUAACCACCCCGAUUGUAGAACCAGAACCAAAAAAACGAAAAGUCAGAACUAUUAUUAGUUAUUUUGAAAGCAGAAAAAAAACAGAAAAAGACUCCACAGAUUUAUUGUUUCUAUCAUAUGCAGGCUUGAUAAAACAAUUUUCUGGAAAACGUCAGGCCGAAACAAAAUUACAAAUUGCUGAAGUAAUUGCCAAGCAAGAGUUAAUGCAUUAUGAAGAGCAGCAGCAGCAGCAGAUAAUUGAACUAUACCAGAGUGCUCAACCAUCAACUUCCAAUAGUUACACCUCUGAUUCGAACUUCUGUGAAACUCCACUUAUUUCGCCAGACCAAGGAACCAUUUCCCAUGAAGAUAAUCCAGGUACCAGCAGUGCAGAUUGCGAACAAUCAUUUCCGACUUCAGCAGGCACCUUUUUACGAGUUUAUACUCCUUUGUAAUGUUGAUAUAUAAAAAAAAUAUUAAAAUAAAAAUACAAUGAGUGAUGAUUUACCUCAAAGUAAUGGCUAAUCUUUCU